AUGAGCAAAGCUCCUCCGCCCGAGUUGAAAAGAUUUAUGGACAAGGAGUUAUCAUUGAAAUUAAAUGGUGGCAGGCAUGUCCAAGGGAUACUUCGGGGAUUUGAUCCCUUUAUGAAUCUUGUGAUAGAUGAAUGUGUGGAGAUGGCAACUAGUGGACAAGGGAACAAUAUUGGAAUGGUGGUGAUAAGAGGCAAUAGUAUCAUCAUGUUAGAAGCCUUGGAGCGAAUACAAUAA